AUGCUCUUUGACUGCUGCUUCUUCUUCGACCUUAGCCGAACGGGUCUGCUGAUCCUGCUGCUGUUGUCAUCGUUUGUCAUCAGUGGGUAUGCACAAGAAUCUACGCCUCUCGUUCCAGCGAUCAUAACCUUUGGGGACUCGUCGGUUGACGUCGGAAACAAUAACUAUCUGGCCACCUUAUUCAAGGCUAAUCUCCCACCUUAUGGGAGGGAUUUCACCAACCAUAAACCUACUGGAAGGUUCUGUAAUGGAAAACUAGCUACUGAUAUUACUGCUGAAAACCUGGGCUUCACAACUUACCCACCAGCGUAUCUUAGCCCUCAAGCAUCAGGGAAGAACCUUCUAAUAGGAGCCAACUUUGCUUCUGCUGGAUCUGGUUAUUAUGACAAAACAUCCUCCUUGAGUCACACGAUUUCGUUGGCAAAGCAGUUGGAGUAUUAUAAGGAAUACCAGGGAAAGCUAGCCAUGGAAGCAGGAAAUAAGACGGCAGCAUCUAUCAUGAAAGAUGCACUCUACAUAGUGGGAGCUGGUAAUAGCGAUUUUGUACAGAACUAUUAUAUCAAUCCUCUGAUCAACAUAGUCCACACUCCCGACCAGUUCUCUUCCAUCCUUGUUGGCAUUUUCUCAAGCUUCGUCAAGGACUUGUAUGGGUUGGGAGCAAGAAGGAUUGGGGUGACAUCACUGCCGCCAUUGGGUUGCCUGCCAUUAGCAAUCACUUUGUUUGGACAGGGAAAAAAUGACUGUGUGCCAAGGCUCAAUGCAGAUGCACAGGGGUUCAACAAGAAGAUCAAUGCAGCUGCUUCAACCCUCCAGAAGCAACUCCCUGAACUCAAGAUUGCCGUUUUGGAUAUCUACACUCCUUUAUUGGCUGCCAUAAAAUCUCCUUCUAAAUACGGGUUCUCUGAGACAAGGAAGGGUUGCUGUGGGACGGGGAUCGUGGAAAUAACAUCGUUCUUGUGCAAUCCCUUGUCAUUAGGGACAUGUAGCAAUGCCACCCAAUACGUAUUCUGGGACAGCGUUCACCCAUCUCAAGCUGCAUAUCAGGUUAUUGCUGAUGCAGUCAUCAUCCAAGGCAUCUCCCUCAUCGGAUGA